ACCUUCGAUACCGCAACCAAUCGUCGCGUAGGAAACAGAAAUAAUUGCCGUGGAAAGGAUGGGGGCAGUCGGAACUAACGGACGACCGACUGAAACAUCAUCACCGCGGAACUCAGAUGCACCGUGGUUCUGUGCGCGUUGACGUUAUGCGGUUAGGAGCUUCAUCAUUUAUUUGCGUACCGUUCCGAUCACAGUAUUUCGACAGUCGUCGCGAAAGAAACUGCCAAUCGUCGCACGAUGACUCGGUUUCGGUGUACGCUGCUAGUGUGCCUGUUCUUGGUGACUGUACAUUGUCUGUGGGUGCGUGGCAGCUUGGUUCGCACAAGGUUCGGCAGGAUUCGAGGCCUGUGGAGCAGGAGCACUAGGGGCAGGCUAGCUGCACACUACUUAGGAAUCCCCUACGCGCAACCUCCUGUUGGUGAACUUAGGUUUAGGAGCCCACAACCAUGGAAUCAUACAUGGAACUCUACUUUCUACGCCAUCAAAGAUGGUCCCAUGUGCACUCAACUAAACGACCAAGAAAUCAAGGGCAGCGAGGACUGUCUAUAUUUAAACAUUUUUGUACCUAUAAUUUCAGACAAACAAGGAGUGCCGAAUACUAUUAAGCUUCCCGUCAUGGUGUACGUGUACGGCGGGAAAUACCUUUUUGGGAGCAGCAACAGCACUGAAUUAUCUCCCGAGUACUUGAUGGAUCAGAAUGUCAUUUUGGUCACGGUCAAUUACCGAGUGAACAUUAUGGGGUUCUUCAGCAUGGAGAACAAGAUCGCGCCAGGCAAUUACGGAUUGAAGGAUGUCGUAAUGGCGUUGCGAUGGGUGCAAGAGAACAUCGACGUCUUCCAGGGUGAUCCGAAGUCGGUGACCUUAUGGGGUGAGAGUGCUGGAGCUUCCGUGACCCAUGUGUUGGCUUACAGUCGAAAAACCGAAGGACUGUUCCACCGGUGCAUCAUACAAAGCGGAUGUUUCUUCAACACAUGGUCCCUGAAUCGCAAAGGAUGGAUGCGGCAGACAUCGAUAGAAACGGCCCGGCUGCUAAAAUGUCUGCCUUGUAACAAUAAUGUUACGAGUACGAUGAAAUAUCUGCCAAAAUCAAAUGAAACGAAUGAACCGGAAUACAGUGAAGUGAUUCAUGAUGAGUUGAGUGAAAAAGAAGAGCACAAGAUUUUGAGGUGCAUGAGAACUAAGAGCGCGGAGGAUAUCGUCAAAAUCUUACCACAUUUCGAUAUUUGGAGGACUAAUCCUUGCUGUCCUUUCGGGCCAGUUAUUGAAGAGGAGUCAGAAGAUGCUAUUAUAACCAGCGAUCCCUACACACUUGUACGCAAGCGCCUGUUCAGAGAUAUACCAAUGAUACUUGGUAUUACCAGGGAUGAAGGGCUAGGAAAAACUAUGGAUUUCGUCAACGAGCUAGGAGAACUGAUUAACAAUUUGGAUGAAUAUUUACCACUCACACUCGAGUACCAUCAAAUUCUGCGCAACAGGUCUGCGUUCAACAAGGCUGUCGAAGAAUUUUACUGGCAAUCGAAUGACACUGAGGCAGUCUGGAAGGGUAUUACAAAUGCAACGGGCGACGCGGCGAUAGUAUAUCCGAUGUAUCAAACACUGACCUACCAAUCGGCCGUCAUGAAUUCGAGCCUCUACUUUUACUACUUCGACUACGAAGGCACGUUCACAUCGACGUUCGGCUGGGGCACGCCGAUACGUUACGGAGUCGCUCACGGUGACGACCUAAACUACUUGAUGCCGCUGUGGAACAAAGAGUUCAGCAAUUUCAUGUUGCACAACAACGAAUCCGACAUCACUAUGAUCAACAUUAUGACCGAGAUGUGGGCCAGUUUCGCGACCACAGGAGUCCCACGCGCUUGGAGAGUGACUCCUUGGCCAGACUACAGAGAUGCCCACCAGUUCCUUCAAAUCGGAGUAGGAAAGGAGCCGGAUAUCGUCGUGACAAGUGACUUCCUAUCGGAAAGAAUGAGAUUCUGGGACGAAGUGAUAGCGAACUUCACGGUCCUGGCACCGUAUCUCUUAGACAGCGAAGAACUGCCAGCAGUAGUAGAAGAGCAACGAAAUUCCGGGACACUGAGGAAUCCCAAUACCGCGAUAAUUCUCUUGUUAAUACUGUUGCCACUCGUAUUUCGUGGAAGGAAUUUUCAAAAUAUGAACUACAGAGGGAACGCAGUUGAACUGGAAAUUUGGGGAUCUAUUGACUACGGAACAGCAUUACCGUUAUUCAGGAAUCGGAGGUGAUUCCAGCACGUCGCGGGGGUGAUCAA